GGAGUCAAAAAGCCACCAAUUCAGAUGUGUACUUCUAGUUCUGCUCAUGACGCUAUGUGAUAUUAAAUAUGGGUUUAAUCUCUUCUGAUAGAUGCUAAAUUUUCAGAUGAGAGUGAUAUGUUAUUGUUCUUUAUCUAAAGGCCUUAGAUUUCUGCAGAUAACUCCUGUUAGCACCAGUGUUGUGCAGUGUUCAAAAUUUAAGCAAGGUUUCUCCUUACAAAUUAAACUGCUUCAGGAAAGAAGAUAAUAUUUUAAAAAUAGGCCUUAAUUAGUAGGCUGUUGGUCCUGUUUCACAAAUGCAUUAUUAUGAAAAGUAGGUAGGCAGGAGAGAUCAUUAAAUCUGAGAAACAGUCUAGGAUGGCUUCUCUUGGUGUCCCAUGAGUCUGUCUAUAAAUGACCAUGAAAAGCAGUUGUUUGCUAUAAAUCUCUGGUCACAUCUGCAGCUUGUCACCAGAAAACAUGUUAUUGGAUCAACCACGUAGGUCCUUCCAGCUCGGAAGAAUUACUGUGGCAGAGGAGGAAAAACGUCUUGCUUUGCCUUGCCAGGCUCAGGGGAUGGAGCUGGGUGAGUUCUGCUGGCUGCAGCUCACAGCAGUCAGAGACACACAGUGACCUGCAGGAAAGCAGGUGUUGUCUGGGACUUACAGUCAAAUAUUCCAAAAUUCUGUUCCUCUGACACCUACCUUAAUUCUUAACACUGCACCUUGAAGGCAGAUUUGGUACAAAAUUUACCUUGGCUUUGUCAUUACAGUGGCUUGAUGGUAUUAGGAAUUAGAAAAAGUGAUGCAGGGAUUUAAUGCUAAGCCCUCCCAGUCUCUCCCAAUGUCCUCUCUUUUGUUUGGGAGCCUGAUCAAAAUGUCUUCAAACAAGCACUCUCUAAUCCUUGUUUACUUUUGUUUCAGGUUUCCUUUGACCUUUACAAGCAUUGUAAUCUGAUCUUAGUUUUCACAUCCAUUUCUUUACUUCCUUAACUUCAGUAAUUGCUAUGCCUGAUUUGUGAACUUCGUACAGUUACAGGAGCAAUGUUUAUGUCUCUUAUCUACAGCAAAUAACAAGCAAGGGCUGAACAAUCCUUCUGGACCCAGGUGGGGACAGAUAGCUGAGGCAUGGGCAAGUUGUACCUCUCUCCUGUGGCUUACAGGUUUAGAAAAAAGUUGUCUUUAAUUGACUUUGUAUGUAAAGGAGAAGGAAAAGGGAAGGCUCAACCAGAAAAACAGCAGAGUCAAACUGCUCUAAUUACUUUUUUUCACUGACAGCAGCAGCUCAUUUCCCCAGAGUGAGAAGAUGGAUAUAGGCAGGAAAUCUGGUUCUCCCUGCCCUGCUGGGAGGAGCUGGCCUGCUCCUGGGCACUUGGCUAUUCGUGGCCUGGGGAGCUUCACCAGCAAGGGAGGUGCUUUCUGAACCUGGAUAAGCCUGGAAGGGGGGCAUUAAUGGUGGGAAGCUGAAGAAACUGUAACAGCACAUGAAGGCUCCUGAGGCCAAGGCUUUGUUACUAAACAUGCCUGGGAAUAUCCCCAUGAAACAAAAUUCCAGUGGAAAUGUGUAUUUAUUGGACCCAACUGUCUCAUCCAAAACACAGUUCAAGGAGCUGCGGCGGAGACCAAGGAAGCCUUUUUACCCAACUCUUGGACUCCUGGCCAGGCAGCCCAGGGUCUGGGGCAGACCCUCAGCACAGGAGCAGUUUCUAGGCUGGGAUCUGGGGAGGCAGCCACGUCAAAGACUCCAUGGUCACACUGAGACAGAGACGUGAUGGUUCAAGGAGCCUCAGGGGCGAAGGUGAGCGUGCAGUGCAGUCACACACUUCCUCUGGGUAUCCCCUUCUAACACAGUCUCUUGGGAUGGAGGGCUGGGGAAAUCUUAGGUUGCUUCCCUUUCUUGCACAGUGCUUGUUGACUUGUUCAGUUGGUCAGGCUAAACUCUUUGUGAAGUAGGAAGCUUCCCUCUGUGUGGACACAGAUAAGUCCACACCAAGUACUGUAAGACAAUAAUAUUUCUAACCUUUUCUGUUCAGUUUGGCAAUACCUGUUUGUAGUCAGUACUAGAAUAUAAUGUAGUGCAGUCUUUGCUGGAUUUACAGUGUGGCUGGAUGCAUUCUUUCUGAGAUCUCCCAGACUCAUCAGAUAAGAUAACUAAGCUUUCAGUAGGAUGUUUAUUGAAGCAGAAAUGAGUAAAGUACUUAACAGUGUGUGGUUCAGUUUGAAAAUCAAUACUGACAGUAUUGAGCCAGAAGAGGGGCUGCUAAUACUGUAUGUCUGCAUCAGCAAGAUAUGUAAAAAGUGUGUCCACGUAAAUUUACCAGGAAGCAUUUAAAAAAAUCAAUAACUAGAGCAUUAAGGCCAGAUUUACAGGAAAUUACAGGAGAAUCAUUCAGGUUGGCACCACAAAAUAUCGAACACUGAGAUGCAAUGGCAAGGAGCUGUCUAAGUUCAGAAUCCUCAGGAGUGGUCUUCAGAGCUGCCAGCCCCUUGCAAAUGGUCCAGAUGGGGAAAUGCCUCCUAAGGUCAAGAAAAUGAAAGGAGACAACAAUCAGAUAUUCUCAGAGCCACCUAUUUCUGGAUUUAUUUCAGUGUACCAAGACACAAACCUGUCACGUUUUUAAAUCUAGCAGAACUGUACUGAACAGUUAUAAGCCCCUGUGGAAAUCUGAGGGGAGUGGCUUUGGCUGGACCUGCCCAGAUCUGCUGGGGUUGAACUGUCUUCCAGUUAUUUGCUGUUGUCCAUUUUUGUCCAACUAAGGCCUUCCUGUGUUCCUUUCAGGACGAGCACAGUCAAAGCUGAGGGAACCUGCAGUCACUCAUCUAGAAUGGGAUGAACUUUAAAGUCCCUUCCCACCCAAACCAUUCUAUGAUUUAUUUUUCUAACAGCCAAAAGUGUGCAGCUGAGAUGACAAUGAAUUCAAUGAAUUCAAUGUUUUUUCACAUUGAAUCCUAACCAGAUGGUGGAAAAUACAGUGGUAAUUUAAAUAGAAAUGAGACAAUCCUGCCCAUUAACAGAACAUCCUUGGAGUGCCAUGAGCUGGGAGGCAGAAAACACUUCCACCAUUAACAGAGAUCUGAAAUUUUAAUUGGAGGUGACCUGCAUACUUGAGUUUUCAUCAUUUCCCUUCCAUUUUGUAAUAACAGUAUAAUUCAACAGUUCUACUGUCUGCUUAAGGUAUUAUGUUAUCAUCAUCAAUGAUAGAUGCAAGGCAUGGUCCUGAAGCAUAAUUGCAUCAAUAUUGCUCACAUACUUCUCAGUGGAUGCAGGAUUGAGUGAGCAAAAACAAACACCUUCUGUUUUGCCUACCCCAGGCACCAUAGCAACUGAAAUGCUGUGCUUAAAAUUAUCAUUGGUUUUUCCUCCUGUCCCUUUGUUCCAUAUGGUGCAGCCUGUCAACUAUCUUAACAUCCAGUUCUGUGGCUGCCAACUAUCAGUGUGUAAGGAAAUGAAAUGUGCACAAGAUUUGAUGGCUGAUGCUGAGUUCCAUGAGCUGUCUGCUUUGUUGCUUGGCAUGCCCUGAGCCAGCAUGUCCAUGGCACAGCACAGCUUUCUGUGUGGUGAGCUGUGCCCUGACCCCCAUGGAGGGAAAGAUACUGCAUUGCCAUGUGCUGGUAGUGCUGGGCAGAUAAUGAAUACAAUAAUGUCAGGUUAAGUGAGAAGCUGCCUAUUAUAAAAUAAAAAUUAAAAAAAAGCUUUUCUUCUGAUCAGACCAUGCCUGGAAGAAAUUGAAGAGUUCCUUCUCUGCAAUCCAAAUCCCUCACAAUUCUCUUGUUGCACCCCCAGCUCUGAUCCUGAGAUCUGAUAUUAAAGGCAGCACAGUGCAGCAGCAGUGUCCUGGCCAGCAAGCCAGGAAUUGGUCUCCAAAUGGACAUUGAAAACCCCAAGUCUGCUGUAGGGUGUGCUGGUACAUUACAGUCUAUGUCACUCAUCCCAGACAAUUCUCAGGUUGUCAGUAAGUCUGCAAUAGAUGAGAGUUCAGUAUUUGUGUACCAUGCAUGAAAAAAGGCAGGGGAAGGCUUAUCAUGCAUGAAUAACAUGGUUUGAUUCACUGAAGCAAAAAUGGUUUUCAUCUACAAAUAAGGUAAUUUCAUUCACUAGAGCCAUUGUGGUACAAUUUUACAACAGGAUUGAGAGCCUUUUUAUUGACCUUCAAAUCAAUUGUGUUGUUACUUACAAAUUGGUGCAAAACCACCCAAUGACAUUUAUGGCUCUCCUACAUCAGUACAUGUGAAAUGUUGAUCUGCAUCGUUGCAUAUUUGUUUAAUCAAGCCAAUAUUUCACCUGCAUCAUUGGAGUGAUAAUGUGAUGAGAACCAACUCAAAUUACUGAAAAUGAUCAACCCAUUCAUUUCUGAUCAAAGAGCUAGCUGAGGGGUUUAGUCCUUUUUACACCACCCAGAGAUUCAUUCUCUUCUCUAAACAUUAGAUUUUGCAGAAAGAAAAUAAAAUCUCCAGUUUAGGCAAAACUGUCUUUUGACACCACAGAAUUCAGUUGCAACUUUCAGCCUUCUGUCCUUGAGAAGAGCUGGUAGAAUCGGCUACAGAAAUCACGUUGCUUCCAUGGAUAUUUCGAAACCUCUGCUUCAUUUGCCUUUCUAAGGACUCGAUGUAGAAGAUCUAUCUUGCUUUCUUCAAGUCAGGCAAUCAUCCCUAAAUCCUAAGGAAAUGGACAUCUCUGGCUGCGCCUCAGUAAGGAGAUCAAAUGCAACUGUGCGCCGCCUCAGGGAGAUAGAGUUCAACAGUUCCUCGGGUUUGGAUGAUACUACUUUGUACUUUCUGCUGGAGGAAUUGUCUCUCACCCCAUCAGGCACAAACAUGAAGAUGUUUUUAAUCUCCCCAGUCAUCUGCCUUAUGGCAGGUGUCCUCAUCAUUCCUACCAUCUUAUUCGUGAUCUUCUCUCGGUUUAACAUCCGUCAGGAAACAAGGUACAUGCUGCUGGGAAAUGCUCUGCUUUCUGAUCUCAUCUACCUGUUGUUCUACACCCUGUCGGCUGCUCUCAAUGCAGCACACCUAGAUCUCCCAAAGGAAGCUUGUGUCCUCCUGUUAUUUCUGCUGGCAGUGGCUUACUGUGGAGGAUUGUUCACAGCUGUUGCCAUAGUCUUGGACACAUACGUAGCUAUUUUGUUUCCUUUGCGCUACAUCACUAUUUUGCCUCCUUCACGAACUAAAAAAAUCAUAGUUUUACUAUGGAUGUGUUCUGGAGCUUUCCCUGGGAUUUUUUUCUUGGUGCUAUGGAGCACCCACACCUUUGUGCCCUGUGUCCUGGAAACGUGCUCGGUUCCAGUAAUACUAAUAUUAACUCUGAACGGGACUGAUGCUCUGAAACUCUGUUUCUGGCUUUCUGCCAUGGUUGUCUUUCUCUGCCUGUCUGUAAUAUUUUGUUGCUAUGCUAUUUUGUAUUUUAAAACCAAACAUUCGGGUAUAUGGGAGAGCAUCUGCUCCAGAGCCAGUGUAACAUUCUUAAUGCACAACACUGUGUUGUUUUUUUACUUCUUUCCACUCUUGGCCCUUUUUGUGGAAUCAUUCUUGUGUGUUAAUGUUCUCAUCAAACUGCAGACAGGAAUCUUGGUCUCCCUGACAGUCUGCAAUGUCCUGAUGAUUAUUCCUAAAGUUUUGUUCCCUUUUCUGUAUGGGCUUCGAUACAGAGAGAUCUCAGCCUCUCUCAAAUCCAUUAUCAGGAGGAAGCAGCUUCGCAUGGUGUCACCUGCUCCACCACCAUCCUGAGCCAAGGCAGAGCACAGUCACAGCAGAGGAGUUGUCCUUACCCUGUUAUCAUGCAAGACUGAUGGAAAUCACUCAGCUUCUGAAGAAGCGGAGAAGAAGUGAUCAACCCAUGGUAGAGAAGACAUGGGUUGACCACUCUGCCUCCUCGGUGCCAAAAGUCAACAGAUCUUUCACUAUGUCAUGGUUGAGAAUACAGAAAAUGCUACCCUGGAUGAAGUUACAAGCUUUGUUCUGAUGUGAAAGGCAGAACCUUUGGGAGGAGAUAUUGAACCAAGAUCAUUUUCACCCACCUAUUGCAAAUGCCUUUCUGGAAAAGAAGAAAAUUAAAAGUUUUGUGAAGCAGAGGGGGUAACCACAGGUCCCUUAACAGCAUCCCUUACGGCAGAGGAUCCUUAACUAAACGUGCUCUGAACAGAACUGUUUCUUUCAUGCACAUGUAUUCUUGCAAGGUUGGUAGCCAAUGUCCUAUUCGUUGAAACAUGACCUGAGAGGUGCCUCUGGAAACUGCUGCACCCAGCAAAAGGCUGUGCCUCAGCUUGUGCAGUGUGCUGGUGUGUUUGCUGCCUUAUGGAUUCUGUCUGGCAAUUGCAAAACACGGGAGUUUUUUAAAAUCUCUGUCUGGUGGGAGUCACCUCUGAUCAGUGCCUGCUGGACAGCCCAGCACAUGACAGUGCCGGGAGCUGCAGGGAUGGAUGGGCCGCUGGGGAGGGAAGCUGAGCCGGAGGCAGCGGCUGGCAUUCCCUCAUUCCCUGCCUGCAGGGUGGUGUCCUGCUGCGCUGGUGCCGGAGGAGCCUGGAGCAGCCCAGAGCCCCGAUUCCUGCUGAGGCUGCACUGAGGUGACCUGGCCAAGGCUGGGGCAGUGGCUGGGGCAGCAGGGCAGGAGCAGUGAGGCGCCAGGCUGGGCACAGCUGUACCCACAGCAUGGCUCUGGCAGGACACCAGGACACCGGGGCGAGGGACUGAGCAUGAACACCACGUCUGAUCCCUGCUGAGGCGUCUCCCAGCUCUGCCUCACAACAAUCCUCUCUAGCAGCCUGAUCCCAGGUUACAGCUGCACUGUCUCAGAGCUGCUGCUGGGUACCUGCCACUAAAGCCUUAGGAAGGCCAGGAGGAAAGGCUGCAGAGCCAGUUGGUGCAUCAGGGGCAAGAUCUUGUAAGAGCCUUUUGGAUUUUCCGGAUCAGCCCCCUACCUCUAGAGGACAAAUGAAACAUAUUUCUGACUUUAAAGAAACCAAAAUUUCAUUAGGUAUAAACAUCAGUGUGGGAAAUGUAAGUUGCCAUUCUGUUCCUUGGACUCGAUAAAAGAGCUCUGUGUUUCUAAAGAUAUUACUUUUAGAAUUCGUUAGAAUUUAUGUAAAAAUACAUUGGGCUUAAAAGAAAAGGUCCUUAAUUUCACUGUGCAAUAUUUCCCUUAUGUGCAGUCUCUCUUCACCUUCUGUUUGCUUGAAGUUAUACACAGAAAGUGCUGAAUGUGGCUGUUGGCUAUUUCUCACUCGUCUGAAGAAUUCCACUAAGUGUGAGCCAGGAGGAGAUCGGUGUCUGGUUGCAUGGAAUGUUUUUGGCAAGGGAGCCAGUUUGAGUGGUUCCUGCUGAUCUUCUCCCGUCAUUUCCAAACUGCUUGUUACUCUCCUCACAUUGCAGUGCCUGCUCUCUCCUGUUUGCUGAUGCAACUGCUUCUGGGGUUGCAGGUUAAAAAUAUCCUUUCAGAGAGAACUGGUGUUGUUUUUAUUUUAACUGAGAGUAUUCCAGUGAUCUGCUUUAUAGGAUGUUCUGCAAACAGCUGCAUCAGCACAGCUGAGGGGGCAACAAAUUCCAGUACAGAGGUGGGGGAAUGAGCAGGGACAUCUUAGCUUUGCUGCUAAGGGACACUUCUUGUGUAAGAAGCAUCUCUAAGGCAAAGUUGUUGCAAGUGAAUAAACUGUAAUAUUGCAUAUUUGCUUUAACUGUGGUCCUGUGCUUCUCAGUACUCUUCAAUAAAAGGAUCUAGAAGUCA